CCCUAGCGCUGGCGCGCGCGCUGGCCUGGAGACCGACUUGGAGGCCCAGCUGGAGGCCGAGUUGGCCCGGCAGGCAUUGCGCGGGCAACAUGGCGGCGCCCGGCGAGCGGGGCCGCUUCUGCAGCGGGAACCUCUUCUCCUUCCUGCCCGGUGGCGCGCGCUCAGAGGUGAUGGAUGACCUAGUGACGGACGCGCGCGGCCGGGGCGUGGGACGAAGAAAUGCCGCCGCCUCCGCCCCGACGCCAGCCCCGGCACCGAACCCCGAUCCUCAGGUCGCCGAGGACCCCUCCCGGAGGCGGCCCUGCCGGGCCUGCGUGGACUUCAAGACGUGGAUGCGGACGCAGCAGAAGCGGGACAGCAAGUUUAGGGAAGAUUGUCCUCAGGACCGCGAAGAACUGGGCCGCCACAGCUGGGCUGUCCUCCACACCCUGGCCGCCUACUACCCCGAUCUGCCUACCCCUGAACAGCAGCAAGACAUGGCCCAGUUCAUACAUUUAUUUUCCAAGUUUUAUCCGUGUGAGGAGUGUGCCGAAGAUAUAAGGAAGAGGAUACACAGGAACCAGCCAGACACACGCACUCGGGCAUGCUUCAGCCAGUGGCUGUGCCGCCUGCACAAUGAAGUGAACCGCAAGCUGGGCAAGCCGGACUUCGACUGCUCGCAAGUGGACGAGCGCUGGCGCGAUGGCUGGAAGGAUGGCUCCUGUGACUAGAUGGUGGCCGGCAGAGCUGUGGGACGGAAGCCCGGGGUCUCCGGGCAGCCUGGCCAGAGGGGGACGGGGCACUCAUUAAAGUGUGUCAGAGCCAGAGCCUCUCUUGUGUCAGUUGGAUGGUCCCCAGACACUGCUCGGGGGCCCUCUCCCUCUUAGGUUUGGAGGAAAAGCAGGGGUGCCCGCUGCAGACACCCCAGUGGCCCGUGCUCCUCCCCGUGGGCUGCCGGUGAAGGAGACAGGAGCAGCCCAGGCUGGGCGGCCGGCUGCUCACCCGGCACCCUGGUGCCCACUUCCCUGCACAAGAAGGUGACAGGCCCGCCUGGGCCGCCUGUCCUGCUCCUUGAGGGAGGGCUAGGCCACUGUCCCGGCUCAGAGCCUACGAGGAAAGCACAGGCAGUCUUUCCCGGAGGGCCCACCGGUGCUGCUGCCUGCCUCUGACUGCACGUACCUGUACCAGGCCUGUCAAGAGGCUUUGUGAGGCCAGCCCUCUCAGAGCUGGAGACCAAAAUAAAAUGGUACAGAAGUGACUGA